AUGGCAACUCCCCUAGCAGGUAUUCGUGUCGUCGAACUAGCAGGCCUGGCACCAGGCCCCUUCGCCGGCCUCCUCCUUUCCGACUACGGCGCUUCCGUCCUCCGAAUCGACCGCCCCAAACCCCCCCAAGCACCCCCAGCCCCAGACCAACUCACCCGCCACAAAACCUCCAUUACCCUAGACCUCCGCGACAAAUCCUCCCACGCCCUCCUCCUCUCCCUCCUCCAACAUGCCGACAUCCUCAUCGACCCCUACCGCCCGGGCGUCCUGGAACGCCUCGGCCUGUCCCCCGCAACGCUCCUGAAAAACAACCCGCGUCUCAUCAUCGCGCGCAUGACGGGCUUCCGUCGCGACGGCAAGUACAAGGACAUGGCGGGGCACGAUAUCAACUACAUCGCCGUGUCGGGGGUUCUCUCGAUGCUAGGACGGGCUAACGAACAGCCCUACGCACCGGGGAAUCUGCUUGGUGAUUUCGCAGGCGGCGGGGCGAUGUGUUUCAUCGGCAUCUUACUCGCGUUGCUCUCCCGUGUUCAUACAGGGAGGGGACAAGUCGUCGAGGCGAAUAUGGUCGACGGAUCGGCGUAUUUGGCUGCGAUGCCGCGACUCACGCGCAAGACACCGCUGUGGAGCCAACCAAGGGGACAGAAUCUUCUCGACGGCGGGUGUCCAUACUACGAUACCUACGAGACCAAAGACAGCGGGAAGUAUUUCGCAGUCGGCGCAUUGGAGCCGCAGUUCUACGCUGCGCUGCUCCGCGGGCUCGGGUUCACGAAGGACCAGCUACCUCCGCGCGAAGACAAGACGAAUUGGCCUGUGUUGCGGGACGCAUUUGCAACCCGCUUCAAGCAGAAGACGCGACAGGAAUGGGAAGCCGUGUUCGACGGGACAGACGCAUGUGCAACACCUGUUCUCGAGCAGGACGAGCUGGAACAAACCGGAUUCGAGCAGCGUCCCGCGGUGCAUCUGACUGCGACGCCGGGAUACAGCAUCCCGGGCGACGACGGGGGGUGGAACGGGAAAAUACUGGCUCCCGGGUCGGGAGGAGGGAAGACGCUAAAGGAGUGGCUUGGAUGGGAGUUGGGACGGGAGUUUGAGGCGAGAGAGGACGGGGCGCUGGCGUUAGUGCGGAGUGUCAGGACCAAGGCCAAGUUGUAA